AUGCCAAGUCAAGAACAGCUUUAUAUGCAUAAUGAGAGGGAAAUAUUGCGCAAUGAAAUGCUGUCAGCUGACAUAAAGAUGUUAAGGUCCCUAUCAUUGUGCUUUGCACUUGUAGUGAACUUCAUGGUCAUUUUAUCAAUUUGUUUAGACUUUGAGAUUUUUCCCAAUAUAAGCUUUUUGUCCACUUCUAUUUAUCAAAAUUGAGAUUUUCAAAAGGAGCAAAUCGCUUAUUUCAUUUAUUGGAUUGGGAAAAUAAAUAUUUGGUGCUGCAUUUCAAUUCUUUUAAUGUUUUUGAUUCUAAGGUGUCCUUCCAUGAUCAUUACAUUUUGGCAAAGAGCUCAAUCUUCCCAAAGAGGCACUUCAGGCUCAGUGAUAUGUAUAAGUUUUUUACAUCAAUUAUGUAUCACUAUAAUGUAUAUUGUCAGGAUAACCGAAUUUUGGCAUUGCAUUGGCUAUUUAACAAUAUGAUGGCUUGGGUUUACUUUCAAUCAUUUUUUCUAUCCCAUUUUAGUUUUAGAUAUAUGCUUUGUGCAUCAAAAAACAAUAAAAAUUAUUAUCGCUCUCAGAAAGUUCUUGACUUUCUUAUUUACAUUCUCGUUUAUUUUUAUACAACUAUUUGAGAUAUUUGUGAUUUCAAGCAAUAAGUUCGAUUUUCAGGGAUUUUGUAUUUAUUUUAGUAUUUUGACUAGAGGAUCUCUCAUUAUCCUUUUCGAGCUAUGUACUGUUAUAGUGGUAUUUAUCUCUAUCAAACAUGGCUGUGCAACUAUUCUUAGAAAAUGGUGCGAACGGAACCCGGAGCAUUCAAUUUUUCAAAGAAUAUGAAGAUGCAUUGUUAAGAGCACAUCAAUUUUCAGAAUUUUUGAUAUGUGGCAAUCUGCAGGCUGCCUAACAGUUAUAAUGCUUGGUAUAAACGCGCAUCCAGUAUAUUUCAAUUUAUUUGUCUUACUUGCUCUUUACACUUACUUUUUUCAAAAUGUUGAAACCAUAAUCAUUAGAUUAGUAAAUGUCUGGCUUGCUAAGGCUAUAGUUUGUUUAGUCAUAAUUUAUUCAGUUACAAACAUCAGCUCUUGGAUUUACAGUGAUGAAUUUUCAAAUGAAUGUAAAAGCCUAUAUCUAUGCACUUUUGGAAUUUUUAAUGCAAUUUUCAAAAGAAAUGAUUUCAUUAUAAAUCAUUAUUUUCAAGCAUCCCAAUGGGUAAGCAGCAAAAUAUUUUUUAUUCCAUCUGCAUCAUGCUUUAAAAACAAAAUAACUGAGAACUUCACAGUAAAUAAGACUGAGGGUCAAAAUUUAACUUCAGUCGAAAUAUCAACUAAUUUUUUAUAUGACUAUUUGGAAUUAAAGGAUAUAGAACAAGAAAUUCCAUGCAUGAUUUCAUUAAAAGGCAUGAAUCAAAAAGUUGUAGAUGUCAAAAUUGAUAGACAAAAACUUGACAUCAUUUGUAUUGUUGAUAAUAGUGGAAGUAUGCAUAGUCGGGGGAAAUUUGAUUUAACAAAAAAAACAUUAAAUUUUUUGCUUACUCUUUUGAAUGACUCUGAUAGGCUUAGCAUCGUUGCUUUUAAUUCAACAGCACGUAUAGUGAUUGGGUUAACUGAAGCUAAUGAGGAAGGAAAGAUUAAAAUCGCAAAUAAGAUAAAGCAAAUGACUGCUCACGGCGAUACAAUUAUGCAUUCUGGGCUUGAAAAAGGUUUAUCAAUCGCAAGUGAACAAGAAAUAGUUAGCAGGACUACAGCCAUUUUAAUACUGAGUGAUGGAAAAGAUCCGUCUCUAACAUUAGAGAAUGUAAAGCAAUUUUCUUAUAAAUUUAAAUCAAUGAUAAAAGGGCCAUACUUCAUUCAUACAUUUGGCUAUGGGACAGAUCAUGACUCAAAAAUGAUGCAAGAAAUUUCUAGCCUCAAUAAUGGCAAUUUCUAUUAUAUAGAAAAGCCUGAAGAUAUAGCAGAAGCAUUUGCAACUUGCUUAGGUGAUUUGGCUACAUCAACUUUUGAAGCACUUGAAGUUGAAUUAAUUCCUCAACCAUGCAGCGUACCUUUUAGCAUUUCAAAGGUAUACUCAGAAAAUGGAAAAAACCAGUAUAAAGUGCCUCUUCUUUUAACUGAUGACAGCAAAGACUUGGUUUUUGUGCUAAAUUUCCCACCAUAUACUGGGGAAAGGAAAAGUAAUGAAAUUAUAAGACCCAUCAAGGUAAGUAUAAAUAAAUCAGGUGAAAAUAAAACUACUGAAAUUGAUUUAAACAUUUUAGUAACAAGCGAAGGCAAUGGAAAUAAAAAGAAUGAAGCUAAUGGAGAUGUUUUGGCGAAUUAUUAUAGAUGCAAAGGUGCAGAAAUCCUUCGCAAUGUUAUAAACCUUGCUGAUAAUCGUUAUUAUAAAGAAGCUAGCAGAGUUGCGCGCAAAGCUGCAGAAGAGUUUAGGGCUUUGUGAAUAAAAGAUCAUGUAAUUGUUCAAGCUUUGAUACACGAUCUUGAAGAUGCUUCAAAAAGAGCUUCUUCGAAGAAUAAUUGGGAUAAAGGUGGAAGAGCUCAAGUUGUUUCAGUUCAGGCUAGCCAUUUUUAUCAGAAAGCUUCAAAUAAUGUGCAGAUUUAUAAAAAUAGCUAUCAAGAUGCUUAUUCUGAUAAAGCUGCUGACUAUUUCGGAUCUUAA